AUGAAAAAAUCGACGAGGUCAUCGAGAAGCAUUCUGGCCUGGUCGACUCUGAUUCGACUAUUGAAGCCUCAAUCCCCACUGAAGACUCGCUCGUCCGCCGGACUCCAUGCCGAUAAGGAGAAGCAGAGUGGGGACGACGAAUUUGACCUUCUGGCAUACUUGAGGGGCAAGUCACAGACGCGUGACGAGCAUGGUUUCCAACUCAAAUGUUUGGGCGUCAUUUUCUCCAAUCUAUCAGUUAGUGGUAUGGGCGGUUUGCGACUGCACAUCCGAACUUUCCCCGAUGCCAUCAAGGAAUAUCUGUUAUUUCCCCUUAUCUUCUACAUGAAAAACUUCGUCUCCCGACCCCCCAAGCUGCUCCUCCAGAACUUCAACGGAUUCGUCAAACCUGGUGAGAUGUGCUUUGUUCUGGGUCGUCCCAAUGCCGGCUGUUCUACCUUCUUGAAAGUCAUUGCCAAUCGGCGCAUUGGGUUCAUGGAUGUUGGCGGUCAAGUCGAGUAUGGUGGGAUUGAUGCCCAAACAAUGGGAAAGACUUACCAGGGAGAAGUGGUCUAUAACCCAGAGGAUGAUGUUCAUCAUGCCACCUUAACAGUCGCUCAAACUUUGAAGUUCGCGCUGUCCACUAAGGUACCCGCUACCCGUCUGCCACAACAGACCAAAUCAGAUUUCCAACAGCAGGUCCUAGACCUUCUUCUACGCAUGCUUGGAAUCAGCCAUACCAAGAAUACGCUUGUCGGUAACGCUCAGAUCCGUGGGGUUUCAGGCGGCGAACGGAAGCGAGUCUCGAUCGCAGAGAUGAUGGCCACCAGAGCUUCUGUCCUAGCUUGGGACAACUCGACAAGAGGUCUCGAUGCUUCGACUGCCCUUCAAUACGCGAAGUCCCUGAGAAUUUUGACCAACAUCUUCAGGACGACGAUGUUUGUGACGCUAUACCAAGCCGGAGAAGGCAUUUACGAGCAAUUUGACAAAGUCUGUUUGAUCAAUGAAGGCCGUCAAGUCUACUUCGGCCCUGCCUCUGAAGCCCGACAAUACUUCAUCGACCUGGGCUACAAAAACAUGCCCCGACAAACCACUGCGGAUUUCCUUACAGGCUGCACCGACUCCAAUGAGCGCCAGUUUGCCGAUGACGUCGACCCAAGUACCGUGCCCCAGACGGCCGAAGAGAUGGAGCAAGCCUACCUGGACAGCAGCAUUUGCAAGAAGGUGCGCGCAGAGAUGGAGGACUAUCGUGUUUACCUCGCGGCCGAAAACCGAGACCGCGAAAACUUUCUUCAAGCUGUCAAGAAUGAUCGAAGCAGCGCAGUCCCAAGCAAGUCCCCUCUCACAGUCUCCAUCUUCAGUCAAUUGAAAGCUCUCGUCAUUCGAGACUUGCAAUUGCAGUUGCAAGAUCGUAUGGGCCUGGCUUUCAGCUGGGCUACUGCCAUCACGAUCUCCAUAAUCAUUGGAAGUAUUUACCUCAACAUUCCCAAAACUGCCGCCGGCGCCUUUACCAGGGGUGGUGUUAUCUUUAUCGGAUUGUUAUUCAACGUGUUUAUCUCCUUCACGCAGCUUCCUGGCCAAAUGCUAGGACGUCCUAUCAUGUGGAGACAAACUGCGUUCUGUUUCUACCGACCCGGCGCUCUGGCAAUAGCCAACUCAAUUUCGGACAUACCCUUUUCUGCGCCCAAGAUCUUCCUGUUCUCACUCAUUCUUUACAUGAUGGCAGGAUUGACUCGCGACGCUGGAGCAUUUUUCACAUACUUUAUCAUAGUCUACUUCACCUUCCUGGCUCUCAGUUCAUUCUUCAGGUUUCUCGGUUCGAUUUCAUUCAGCUUCGAUACUGCAGCGAGGAUGGCUAGUGCACUGGUGAUGUCCAUGGUCCUGUACAGUGGCUAUAUGAUUCCUGAACCAGCGAUGAAGCGAUGGCUAGUCUGGAUAUAUCACAUCAACCCUGUCAACUACGCUUUCUCGGCCUUGAUGGCAAACGAGUUCAAAAGACUAGAUAUCCUGUGUGAAGGAGGCUUUAUCCUUCCCAAUGGUCCCGGCUACCCAACCACUCUAGGCCCUAAUCAAAUCUGCACUCUCAGAGGCUCCAAACCCGGGAAUCCCAUUGUCUCCGGGGCUGAUUACAUCGCUGCAUCAUUCAACUAUCAGACCAACACUGUUUGGAGAAACUUUGGGAUUGAAUGUGCCUACAUCGUACUUUUUAUGACAUGUUUGUUUUUGGCGGUCGAAAACCUUGCAUUGGGCUCAGGAAUGCCUGCGAUCAACGUGUUUGCCAAGGAGAACGCUGAACGGAAGAAACUCAAUGCCGCAUUACAAGCUCAAAAGGAAGAAUUCCGAAAAGGCACUGUGGAGCAAAAUCUCAGUGGUUUGAUCUCAGCCCGGAAGCCAUUUACCUGGGAGGGUUUGACGUACGAUGUCCCAGUUGCUGGCGGUCAACGUCGCUUGCUCAACGAUAUUUAUGGAUAUGUGAAGCCCGGAACCCUCACAGCUUUGAUGGGCUCUUCAGGAGCUGGAAAGACUACGCUUCUUGAUGUCCUGGCCAACCGGAAGACUACGGGAGUCAUCGGAGGCGAUGUCAAAGUGUCUGGACGUGCCCCCGGUGCCGACUUCCAACGAGGGACAGCUUAUUGCGAGCAGCAAGAUGUCCACGAAUGGACUGCCACUGUACGAGAAGCCUUCAGAUUUUCGGCCUACCUGAGACAGCCCCCUACCGUAUCGAUCGAAGAGAAAAACGCCUACGUCGAGGAAGUCAUCCAGCUUUUAGAAUUGGAAGAUUUAGCCGAUGCAAUGAUUGGUUUCCCAGGAUUCGGAUUAGGUGUGGAAGCCCGCAAACGUGUUACUAUUGGAGUUGAACUUUCGGCCAAACCCCAAUUACUCCUAUUCCUUGAUGAGCCUACUUCUGGUCUGGACGGACAGAGCGCUUACAACGUCGUACGAUUCCUGAGGAAGCUAGCCUCCGCUGGCCAAGCAAUCCUAUGCACGAUCCAUCAACCUAAUGCGCUUUUAUUCGAAAACUUUGACCGACUUUUGCUCCUCAAGAAAGGCGGUCGAUGUGUAUACUUCGGCGACAUCGGCAAAGACUCACACAUCAUCCGAGAUUACUUUGCGCGCAACGGCGCCGUCUGUCCCGUCGAAGCAAACCCUGCCGAAUUCAUGCUCGAAGCGAUCGGUGGCGGUAGCACGCGACAAAUGGGCGGUGACAAGGAUUGGGCUGAUCGAUGGCUCGAAAGUGAAGAACACCAAGAAAACAAACGCGAAAUCCAACUGUUGAACAAGGAUUCCAGUGCCCACGAUGAAGCCAACCAGUCAGGACCUGCAGCCACCCAAUAUGCCCAAACUUUUGGCUUCCAGUUGAAGACCGUCUUAGCUCGAUCAAGCUUGGCAUGUUAUCGGAACGCCGACUACCAAUUCACAAGGCUCUUCAACCACAUCACCAUCAGUCUUCUCGUUGGUUUGACCUUCUUUCAAGUUGGCAACGGGGUCGCCGAUCUGCAGUACCGAAUCUUCAGUAUUUUCAUUGCUGGAGUCCUGCCGAUUCUCAUCAUCGCCCAAGUCGAGCCCUCGUUCAUCAUGGCAAGAAUGAUCUUCUUGCGGGAAGCUUCCUCGAAAACCUACAGCGAACAAGUGUUUGCGCUAGCCCAGUUCCUCGCCGAAGUUCCCUACUCGCUGCUCUGUGCCACUGCAUAUUUUAUCCUUUGGUACUUCAUCGCUGGCUUCAACACCUCAUCUGACCGAGCUGGUUAUGCCUUCCUGAUGAUCUGGAUGGUUGAAAUGUUUGCUGUCACGCUUGGACAAGCCAUCGCAGCCCUCUCGCCCUCGAUCUUCUUCGCCUCCCAAGUCAACUCGCCUCUCUCUGUCAUGUUGAACCUGUUCUGUGGUGUGACUGUCCCACAGGCCCAGAUGCCCCGGUUUUGGAAAGACUGGAUGUACCAGCUCGACCCGUAUACACGAAUCAUUUCAGGUUUACUGGUGAAUGAGCUUCAUGACAUGCCUGUGAUUUGCAAGGAGCAAGAACUCUCUGUCUUCCAACCUCCCACCGGACAGACAUGCGGACAAUGGGCUCAGAACUUCAUCUCCACUCGAGGGGGCUAUCUCGAAAACUCAGACGCGAGCACCGAUUGCAGGUACUGUCAAUUCUCCAAGGGCGACCAAUUCUAUGAAGGCUUGAAUCUCUCCUUCUCCAAUCGAUGGAGAGACUUGGGCAUCCUGGCCCUCUUCGUCCUCUUCAACUUCUUCGUCAUGGUCACCGCCGCCAAGACGUUGACUCUACGCUACGCAAAGAGAUGAUCCGCUCCGUAUCCAUCUAUGUAUCACGAACCGUCUCGUAUUUAUUUAUUUUUCUCCCAAAUGUCAUGUUUCUUCUCUUCUCCCCUCCAUGAUGUAUUUUUAUCUUUCAUCAUAAUUAUUUUCUUCCCCCCCCCCUCGCCCCAACGACUUCAUGAACAUUAUAUCUUUUUUAUGUAUUCUCAAUUGGGUUUAUCUUUCUUGCAGCUCAGUUCCGCUUUUGUACCCUUACAUUCAUUUUCGCAUCACUCAUCGAGUACAUAUGAGUAAUAUAUAAUCAACUAUUCAUGAUCUUCACGUAUCUGGUGUCAUCACGCCUCUUUUUUUUCUUCAUGUUCUGAUGUCAUUGUGUAAGAUUAUCGAAAAUAUCCAUAUCUGGUGUAGACAACGCUUCCUUAUAUAUCUUGCGCACAGCCUUGAUCUGCUUCCCACAAGAAAUUGCAGCCGUCGAUUUUCCCCAAACAUACCA